AUGCAUCACAUUAUCACUCCUACAGAGGCCACGACUAAGGCCAAAAUUGAUGCCUUACGGGCAGCUGAUCACGAACUCUAUGAUCAUCUUGAUACGGCAGUCCUACAGUGGAUAUAUGGUAGGAUCUCUCCUGAAUUACUUCAAGCCAUAUUGGUGAAGGAUGAUACCGCGGCGAAAGCCUGGCAGAGGUUGGAGGCCACUUUUCAAGAUAACAAGGGUUCCAGGGCAACCCAUCUCGAGGAAGAACUUGCUGCUGUCUCUCUAAAAAAAAAAUCAAGUGCGGAUGCGUAUUGCAACCACGUGAAAACCUUGGCGGACAAGCUGGCUGAUGUGGAUGCUCCGGUGGCAAAUAGUCGUCUUGUCUUGCGGCUCAUUGGUGGUCUUCCAGAGGCCUAUUCUGGCACGGUGGAUUUUGUUCAAAAUCAAGACCCACUACCACCUUUUGAAAGCGUUCGAUCCUGA